AUGACAACCCGCUUAAAAGAACUGGGCGCCCAAAAACCCCCAGUAUUCAGAAUCAACCUCUCCAACCCACCAGAAGAGCGCUACACAGCCCUAGCCCAUCUCUACAAAGACCGCAUGCGCUCCGUAACCAGCAUAUUCGACGACGUAAUCCACAACCUCCACCCAAGCAUCCCAACAAAACCAAUCCACUGGCUAGCCCGUCUCUUCCUCCGCAGACUGUACACAGACGAAGAAACCGCUGAGAUCCGCGGCAUAAGUCGCGUAACCGGAAUCCCCCUGUACCUCCUAAUCAGCCUAAACGUGGUCCUGGAUCUACUAAUGGGCUGCACGAGUGGCGGUGUACGCAUGCUCGACGGCCUCUGGACGCGAAUGGUUCAUUUCCGCACAUUGGACUGGGGAAUGGAUCCACUACGCUCACUGAUCGUGCAACUUGAAUUCGUGACCAACGACGACCCAGAUAAAGUCCUCGCUACGUGCAUCACGUACGUUGGUUUCGUGGGGAUUCUCACGGGUGUGCGCAAAGAUCUGAGCGUUUCGCUCAAUUUCCGUGCUGUGCAUGACACCCGUCGGAAUUGGGGGUUUUAUUUUAAUCAUUUGCUUGUUUUGCUUGGAAUCAGACAGUCUAUUACUUCGUUGUUGAGACAGUGUGUUCUUCCCAUGGCUGGGUCCGGGGGAAUCUCGAAUACAUCGACUAUGGAGGAGAUACUGGAGGAAGUGCCUUGUUUGCGGACGACGGCUGCGUAUUUGAUUUUCUGUGAUGGGAGGAGUACUGUUGCGAUGGAGAAGGAUUAUGAGACUGCGUUUUGGCGGAGGUCGAGUUCUUUUCUUAUCAAAACUAAUCAUGAUGAGGAUGGGUCGAUUAUGGAUGAGGCUGUUGCGAAGGAUAGGGGGUAUACGGGUUUGCGGGUGGCGGAUGGGAUGCAGAGUAUGGCUGAGAUUAUUGAGGAGAGUAAAGAGCGACAGGCAUCGAUGCAGGAGAAGUGGGAUCGAAGGGUGGAGGAUCAUGGGGCUUUUCAGCAGCAACUUAAGAGGAGGAGGGUUAAGAAUGCUGCUGUUCCACGUUCGGAGUCUAUUCAUUUGACGUGGAAACGGAAUACGAAGGUUGGGUGGGAAGAUGGUGCGUCUGAGGUGUCUGUUACUCUUGGGACUGUACUUGGGUGGCUUUUCUCGAACCCGAUUGUGAAUGAAGAUACUCAUUACGCUGUCCUGAUGGAUCCUGCUGAAGGCAGGUUCAUUUAUUCAGGACAGUUUCCAGCUCAGGUAUCAUCAUAG